UCAUCGAGGCAUCUCUCUGCUGCUACAUUUUUCUUACUCUCAUCUAUUUUUUUGGUUGUCAUUUUGAUCCAAAUAUAGCCAUAAAUCACGUGACGCACGCGUGUACGAUGCCGUUAUGCUACGACAAAACAACAACUAAAGUCCCGAAUUUUGUUCUGUCGAAUAAUCUCUCUCUGUGACUUUCAAACUGAACAUUUGAUUCUGACUUUUCGGGAGAGUUGGAGAUGGACAAGGAAGAGUUCUUGAAGGAGUAUGGGGAAGAUUACGGCUACCCGAACGGACCCAAGUCUAUCGAUGAAAUACGAGCAACCGAGUUCAAGCGAUUGCAAAAUGGUACUGUGUACUUGGACCAUGCUGGAGCAACAUUGUACUCUGAGUUGCAGAUGGAGGCAAUUUUAAAAGACCUCACGUCUAGUGUUUAUGGAAAUCCUCAUAGCCAAAGCGACUCAAGUUUGGCCACUUCUGACAUUGUAAGGGAAGCACGCCAGCAGGUACUUGAGUACUUCAAUGCAUCUCCAAAAGACUACAAAUGCAUAUUUACCUCUGGGGCAACAGCGGCACUGAAGCUGGUGGGGGAGGCCUUUCCAUGGGAUCAUAGAAGCUGUUUUAUGUACACCAUGGAGAAUCAUAACAGUGUAUUAGGAAUAAGAGAAUAUGCUCUUAGUCAAGGAGCUGCCGCCUUUGCCAUUGAUAUUGAAGAGGAAUUGCAUCAUAGUGGAAUAUGCGACGCACACUCUGUCAAGAUGUCUCAGCACCCGGUGCAAAGGAGGAAGGAUGCUAGAUCUCUUGAAAGAGAUCCAACAGGCCCACCAUGUUGUUUGCUUGCUGCAGGUACUUCUUUUAACUUAUUUGCCUUUCCCUCGGAGUGCAAUUUCUCAGGUUUGAGAUUCAAACCUGAAUUGGUGAAGAUUAUUAAGGAAGACUCGAAGAAGUUGUUGGAAAGUUCUGCAUUUAGCAGGGGAUGUUGGAUGAUCUUGAUUGAUGCUGCCAAAGGAUGUGCCACAAAACCAUUGGAUUUGUCAAAGUGUCCUGCAGAUUUUGUAGUCAUCUCGUUCUAUAAGUUAUUUGGCUAUCCAACCGGACUUGGGGCCCUCAUUGUUCGCAGUGAUGUUUCCAAGUUACUGAAGAAGAAGUACUUUGGCGGAGGCACAGUUGCUGCGGCAUUUGCUGACAUGGACUAUGUUAAAAGAAGAGAAGGUGUUGAGGAGUGCUUUGAGGAUGGUACCAUUUCUUUCUUGAACAUAGCAUCAAUCCGAUAUGGGUUCAAGAUACUCAAUUCCUUGACUAUAUCUGCAAUAGCACGGCAUACAGCUUCACUUGCCUCUUAUGUGAAGAAAACACUUUUGGCUUUAAAACAUGAAAAUGGAGCUAGUGUCUGCACACUUUAUGGUAGUCACCCAUUGAAGGUAUUCCACGAUGAAUCAGGCCCUGUGGUUUCAUUCAACUUGAAAAGGCCAGAUGGCUCUUGGGUUGGAUAUCGUGAAGUAGAAAAGUUGGCUUCCUUAUCUAAAAUUCACUUACGGACAGGUUGCUUUUGCAAUCCUGGCGCUUGUGCGAAGUACAUUGGUUUGUCUCAUUCAGAACUUCGCUCAAACAUUGAGGCUGGGCAUGUUUGCUGGGAUGAUAAUGACUUAAUUCAUGGAAAACCGACUGGAGCUGCUAGAAUAUCAUUUGGUUACAUGUCAACAUAUGAAGAUGCAAAGAAAUUUAUUGAUUUCAUUACAAGUUUCUUUGUAACAUUGCGGAGUACGUCUGGAAAUGGGAAUCUAUUGAGUGCUGGGUCUAUCCACUUCUCGAGCAAAGGCUGUGAAACAGAGCUUUCGAUGACAUAUUAUCACCUGAAGUCCAUUACCAUAUACCCAAUAAAAUCAUGUGGAGGAUUCAGUGUUGGAAGUUGGCAGCUGUGUAGUACUGGUUUGCUGCUUGAUCGAGAAUGGCUUCUCAAGAGCCUAACUGGUGAAGUUCUUACACAAAAGAAGGUCCCUAAAAUGUGCCUUCUUAGUACUUUCAUUGACCUGAGUCAGGAGAUAAUGUUUGUUGAAUCACCACAUUGUCCAGUAAAAUUGGAAAUCAACCUUAAAGCAAAUUCUUAUCGUGCUGCAAUAGAGGAAAUUGAUAUGCAUGGCCAGAGAUAUGAAGUUCAAUGUUAUGGAAAUGAAGUCAACCUAUGGUUUAGCAAUGCCAUUGGUCUUCCUUGCACUUUGUUACGAUGUUCAACUUCCAAGCAGAGUGUUUGCAUGAGCAAAAGCAGAGGGGUGGCUUUGUGCAGAGAUGUGGAAAGCAAAUUGAACUUCCCCAAUGAAGCUCAAUUUUUAUUAAUAUCUGAGGAGAGCAUAUCCGAACUCAACAACAGAUUAAGCUUAAAUGCACCAAAGGGUACAUCUGAAAAGCAGGUUCGAGUAGAUUCAAUGAGAUUUCGUCCCAACCUUGUCAUUUCUGGAGGUGAACCAUAUGCUGAAGAUAAAUGGAGAAACCUUAGAAUCGGAAACAAUUAUUUUACUUCCAUAGGUGGAUGCAACCGUUGUCAAAUGAUCAAUUUUGCUCAUCAAGCUGGACAAGUCCAGAAGUCGAAUGAACCUUUGGCGACUUUGGCAUCGUACAGGAGAGUGAAGGGGAAGAUUUUGUUUGGGAUACUGCUUAAAUACGAGAAUGGCGAUGAACUUGGGGAUGACAAAAAGACAUGGCUUCAGGUGGGACAAGAAGUACUUCCAAAUUUAGAUUAGGAUGAUAUAUGAACCCUUCCACAGGAAGAUAAAGAGUAGCAACCCAGUGAACUUUUGUGUUGUAUAUGAGUAGAUAGGAUUUUCCUCCGGUCCGCUGAGGCCAUAAAUUGGAUUUCUCUUUUGUGAGUGUUAGAAUAUUAUUAGUAUUGGGCCCAGUCCACUUGAUGUAAUACCAGUAAGGUUUGUCUCUAGUGCUAUAAAUAAACAACUCUCACAACCGUGAGAGCUAGACCUUCCGUUCAAUAUUGUAACAUGGUAUCGGAGUCUUAGGGCUUUCUUUA